AUGUCGGUUUCUAAUACCGCUGCUGCUGCGAUGGCCAAUUUGGCUUCUCGUAUUGCUGCCUUAGAAAAUGAAUUAGAAACGGUAGACAAAGAAAUGACUGAUAAUGUUGACCUCGAUGAUUAUAUGGAUUCUAAUUCUCAAAAAGAAAAGACGAAUCUUGAUGAAACUCUUGAUUAUUAUUCUGAUCUUAGUUCUCCAUUAAAUGGUUCUAAUGGUUCUUUAGAUAAUUUUUCUACUUCUACUUCAAUUUCUCGUCAUUCUGAUUUAUCAAAAUCUGAUCAACUACCUUCGAUAAAUGGUCAUCUUAGUAAUGGUUUAUCUUCAAAUUAUACUUCUCGUACUCCUUCUUAUGAUAUCUCUAGAAGUAAUAGUACUUUGUUGGAUGAAUCUUUAAAAGCUCAACUUGAGAAAAAACAUUCUGAAGAACUUGAAAAAGUUAGGCAAGAAUUAGAAGAGACAAAAAAUAAACAUUGGAGUGAAUUACAAAAAUCUAAAAAUGAACUUGCUGAACAACAAAAAGAAAAUGAACGUAUACGUCAAGAAUUAUUAUUAAAACAUGAAAAUGAAAAAGAUUUAUUAAAAAAAUCUCUUGAAAUUGAAAAAGAAAAAUUUUCUUCCGAAAUAAAUUCUUUAUCAUUAAAAUAUGAAAAUGAAAAAAAUUCAUUUAAAAAAUCUCUUGAAAUUGAAAAAGAAAAAAUUUCUGCUGAAAUUAAUUCUUUAUCAUUAAAUUUUGAAAAUGAAAAAGAUUUAUUAAAAAAAUCUCAUGAAGCUGAAAAAGAAAAAAUUUCUUCCGAAAUAAAUUCUUUAUCAUUAAAAUAUGAAAAUGAAAAAGAUUUAUUAAAAAAAUCUCAUAAUGAAGAAAAGGAAAAAUUAAUAGUUGAAUUAACUACUCUUUCACAACAGAAAAAACAAGUUGAAAAUGAUCUUAAUACGAUGAAAGAAGCUUUUGAAAAUGAAAAACGUUUAAUUCUUCAACAACAUGAAAAAGAAAAAGUUUCUUUAAUGUCUGAACAUUCUGCAAAGUAUAAUAAUUUAUCGAAAUCACAACAAGAUAAUGAAUCAAAAAUAAAUCAAUUAUUAAGUAAACAUGAAGCUGAAAAAAGAGAUUUGGAAAAUCAAUUAUUAAGUAAACAUGAAGCUGAAAAAAGAGAUUUGGAAAAUAAAUUAAUCCAUAUAAAUCAAUCUGAAAAAGACACUCAAUCUAAAUUAAAUGAUCUUCAAAUUAAGCACGAUCGUACUCUCAAAGAAUUGAAUGAAAGUAAGGAAGACGCUAAGAAGACCAUCUCAAAUCUUGAACGUCAAUUAAGUGAUAUGUCAAAAUUCGAGGGGACAUCUCAAGAACUUCGUAAACAACUCGAUGAAACAAAUAAUGAAUUAUCUAAUAUACGUCUCAAACUUUCAAAUCAACUAAAUGAAAAGAAGAAUUUAGAGUCUGAACUAGAAAAUAUUCGUUCUCAAUUAAGUGAUUCAAAUGAUAAAUUUAAAAAAUUGGAACUUCAACUUGAAAUCGUCACGAAAGAAAAAGAGGAAAACCAUUCAAAACAUAACAAAGAAAUAGAAUCAUUACGUAUAGAAUUUGAAAAUUCUCUUAAGAAUGAAACUGAACAACGCCAAUUAAAUAAUGAUAAAACAUUAACUGACUUACGUAAUAACCUAGAAUCUACUCACAAGACCGCUCUUGAAAGCCUUCAAGCAGAUCAUGAUCAAAAACUUGAAUCUUUGAAAAAAGUACAUGAAGAAAAGAUUACAGAAUUAAUAAAUAAAAAUGAAUCUCUUCGCUCUGAAAAUGCUUUAUGUAUUCGAGCGAUAGAAGAUGCUACUCGUCGUUAUGAUGAAUUGAAUAAUAAACAUAUACAAUUUACUCAAGAAAAUCUUGAAAUGUCAACUGAUCUUAUCAAUAUUAGAAAAAAAAUUGAUAAACUAGAAAACAAGAAUCUUCAUUUAGAAAAAGAUAAAAGUGCCCUUUCUGCUGAAGUAAGUAAUAUAUCUCAGGAAAAAGACCGAUUAAUAACGGAAUUAAAUACUGUAAAGGAAGAGAAACAACAAUCACACGAAGAAGGAUUAUCAUUAAAAGGUGAAUUAGAAGAAAUAAAAUGUGAACGGGAUAAAUUAGCUAGUGUUGUUAAUAUUAUGAAGGUUGAAUGGGAAAAACAAUAUCAAAAUCUUAAAUCGGAAAAAGAGCAAGUUGAAUCUGAGAAUGAAAAAAUUAAAUCGGAGAAAGAACAAAUUGAAAUUGAACUUGAUCAAUUAAAGAAAAGUUUAAAUCAAGAGAAAGAAGUGAUUAAAAAUCGUGAAUCUGAAGCACAAAGUGAACUUACUCGGUUGAAACGUGAGACGAAAGAGGUUAGCGAAAAACUCAAGACUAUACAAAAUGAAAAGAGUUCUUUGACAAGCGAGCGUGAAGUUUGGAAACGAAAAGAAGCUGACUUUCUUCAAAAAGAUUCUGAAAUAAAGGAUUUACGUCAAGCAUUAGAAACUUUAAAUCAAAAAUUACUAGAGUUUAAUAAAGAAAAAACUUUAACGGACAAUAAGGUUGCUAUAUUAGAAGAUGAAAAGAAGCGUAUCGAAGCUCUACUGAGCAAAUCAAAAGAUGAAAAUGCAAGGUUACUAGAUCAAUUGUUCAAUGUAGGAAGUUCCAAAGGAGGAGGUGAAGAUGGUACCAGUUAUGAAGCUCUCGCGAUGAAAUUAGAUGAGAUCGAAAUUGAAUCAAAUAUGAAAGAUUCUCAAAUAUGCGAAUUAGAAAUAACCAAACAGAAGUUACAAACACGUAUUGAAAGCCUUGAAGCAUCAACUGCUCGUUUAACUGCAAAGUUACAAGCAGCUAAUGCUGAUUCCGCUCAAAUAAGAAAAGAUUUCGAUAAUUUGGUCCGUGGACUUGAAAAUCGUUUGACUAAGUCACAUCUUGAAAUUGAAGAACUUCAUGCUCAUAUUACUAAACUUAAAGAGCAACUUAUUGAAAAAUCACAUUCGGCCGGUACGAACAGACAAAGAGCAAACGAAGAUGUAAAUCAGCUAGCCAUGGCUGAACAAACUAUUAAAUCAUUAAAAGAACAAAUUGAAAAAUAUAAACUUUCACAAGAUGAUCUUGAACGAAAACUUUUCUUAGUCAAUAAAAAAUUAUCAGAAGCUGAUGAUGAACAACAUGCAAAUAUACGAACAUUUGAACAAUUAAUUGCACAAGCAGAAAAAACUUGCAUGAAUCUGCAAAGUAAGAUUGUAAAAAUACAGAAAGAACACGCUCAAGAUAAAGAAAAAAUGCAGAAAGAACACGCCCAAGAUAAAGAACAACUUAUACGUAAUCAUCAAAACGUUAUUGGUAUGUUUAAUAAACAAAAAGACGAAGAAGUUGCUCAAAUUACCAAAGCAAUGCAGAUACGUAUAGAAGCUAUUGAAAAACGUCAUAGGGAUGUGGUGACCGCUGAAUCUGGUGGCAACGAUGGUUCAAAUUCGAAGAAAGUUAUAAUAUUGGAACAAGAAAAAACCCAAUUGGAGAAUUCAUUAAAAUCAUUACAAGCAGAGUGUGCACGGUUAGACGAAACACUUAAACAAGUACAAAUGGGAUAUAUGAAUGCGGUUAACGAUAAGGAUCAGCUGGCAAAUGCAAAACGUGAAGUUGAAAAGAAGAUCAAAGCCAUGGAGAUUGAACUACAAACGAUCAAAACUGAAUCAAGUAGUAAAGACACUCAAUUACAAGAAAUUUUGGCAAAGAAUAUGGAAUUGGCUAUUCAAUUGAGUUCGAAAUGA